UGUGUGCCUUCACUGAAAAACUUAAAUAAGAAAUUUACUUAUACCUUUAUCUUCGGAAUUAUGAAUAAAAGAAUGUCAGUAGAAAGGAGAGUUACUGAAACACCAUAGAGAUUAACAGGGAAAGAACAAAACCUGUGAGGAAGGGCUACAGGGAAUCCAAUUGCUUUAACACUUUGCUCACCUGUCCAUUGCUUGUUGCUGAGAAUUUUAAAGAAUAAUCUGGAUCUUGCAAAAUAUUCUCUGUGGGUGUUACAAGUUUACACUGCUCUUUCAACACCAGUUUCUUACAUCCAGCUGGGGGUUUACUCACUGCUCAACUAUGGCAAGAAAUGCUGAUUUGCUUUUUUAAUAGGCACUCGGUUUUUUGUUUGUGGUUUUUUUUUUUUUUUUCUUUCCCCUGCCCUCCCCACGUCCCCGGGCAGAUAUUUUGUUCUUUUCUUGAUGUUCUCUUGAAGUACAGCGUUAGGGAGCGAAUAGGCUGCUUGACUCCUCCUCGCUAGGCUGCGUUUGGGAGUUCUUUUUUCACGUGGGCUGGGGCUUAGGUUAAUGUUUAGCGAGGCCGAGCUGCUGCCCAGCCUUGGGAAGAGCUCGGUGCUAUUUUCUGCUCUCGGAGCGCUGGGUGCCGGCUCCGUCCCGAGCCCGGGCGUGGGCGGCUCAGCCUCGGGCAGCGCUGCCUUUAGGGCUCAGCUGGAUUUACUGUCGCUCCUGCCGGGGCGGGGGCACGCAGAGAGGGAGGAGAGGAUGCUCCUGCAGCGGGCGCCUCGUGGGUGACGAGGAGCGGCUCUCGGCUCGCAGCAGCGUGCGGACAGCACGGAUGGACUGACUGCCGCCCUCCCCCCGGCUGGACAUGGACAAGCGCGGCUCCGGGAUGGCCAGGGGUGGGAUGGGCAGGCCCCGGGGGGUGUUGGCUCCUGCCCGGGCAGCCAGCUGUGCCCAGCUGCUCAGCAGCACCAGACAUUGCCCUUGGAAAAUGAACCAGCUUCCUCCAAAGACUCCUGUGGCAUCCCCGGUGUCAGAGAGCACGAAUUCCAGGGUAGAGGCUUUGGACAACUUGUCAAUGGACAGUUUUUGGCUGGAAGUAGAGAACAUUAAACAGAGCACUGAAGCCGAGCAGGAGGAAUGCAGCCUUGCAGAUGUCAAAACACAGGAGGAGGGAGAAGCCGAAGCCGAGUGGCUGCAGGACGCGGGGCUGUCCGAGCUGCUCGGGGACCCGGCCUCGGAGCAGGACAACCUGUUGCUGCUGUCCACGCUGACCAGGACGCAGGCGGCGGCCGUGCAGCGCCGGCUGGACACCUACAGCCGCUCACGCCGCAGGAGGAGCAGGCACCCCGUGCGCGACGUCCGCGACGUCUUCGGAGCGGUCGGCUCGCAGGACACAGCAGCAGAGAAAGAGGAGUCCAGCCCAGAUCCACUGUGGCACAAUCUACGGACUUCAAACACCCAGAGAAAAAUUCAAGACAAUUUCUCCUCUGCAGCAGAAACCCAGGAUUAUUCCUGCACAGUUCGAAACCCUGGCAAAGAGGAGAUGUUCAACAUGGAUGUUGCCUACUCAGAGCAGGCAGCUGUCCUGCUCAAGGGAUCCUUCCUGUCUGAAUCCAGGAAGUUAAAGGAUGGAAAUGCCCUAACCAGAUUUAAGAUCCUGAAGGGCAGACUAGGGGUGACGAGGAUUGGAGAUCUUUCAGCUCAGGACAUGAAGAAGAUCCCCACACUGGCCCUCAUUGAACUUACAGCUCUAUGUGAUAUUCUGGGCUUUGAGCUGAAGAGAAACAAAGCAGCAAAACUGAAAACAACAGAGAAAAGACUCUUUGGAGUUCCACUCAACACCCUGUUGGAAAAUGACCAAAAGCUGCUGCCCAACACCAAGGUCCCUCUGCUACUCCAGGCACUCCUGUCCUGCCUGGAGAAGAGAGGACUGGAAACAGAGGGCAUCCUGAGAGUUUCUGGGUCCCAGACCAGAAUUAAGAGCCUGGAACAGAAGCUGGAAAGGGACUUCUACAGUGGCCUGUUCUGCUGGGACGAGGUUCACCAGAACGACGUGUCGGGGCUGCUCAAGAGAUUCAUCCGAGAGCUGCCAGCCCCACUGCUGACUGCAGAGUACCUGCCUGCCUUUGCUGCUGUUCAGAAUAUUCCAGACCUGAAGCAAAGGUUGCAAGCUCUAAACCUCCUGAUCCUAAUUCUGCCAGAGUCCAACAGAAACACACUCAAGGCCCUUCUUGAGUUUCUCAGCAAGGUGGUUGCCAGGGAAAACAGCAACAAAAUGAGCCUCUGGAACGUUUCCACAGUCAUGGCCCCAAACCUCUUCAUGCACAAGGGGCUGCCAAACAAGAUCCCCGAGGGGAAGGAGAAGCAGCUGGCAGAGGGGGCGGCUGACGUGGUGCGGAUGAUGAUCCAUUACCAGGAUCUGCUCUGGACAGUCUCCUCUUUUCUGGUAGCCCAAGUGAGAAAGCUGAACGAGAGCAAUAGCAAAAAGUACCAGUUCUGCGACAAGAGAAUUAAAAAUUUGUUGCGGAAAAUCCAUGCGGAUAAAGAGAAGGUGGAAAAGAACCAAGGAGAGCCUUCCAAGAUUGUGAAAGUCCACGCAUCACUCCUCCUGAAGGACUCUCUGGAGGUGCACCUGAACAAUGCAACCAGGGUUGCUGAUGUCUUGAGGCAGUUUCAGAAGAACCUGUGCCAGAAUGGCUGGAAUAUUGUUAACACUGUCAACCUCCUCAAGUGUAAUAACUCCAUGGAGUGCACAAACCUACUCUUGUAUGAAGUGGGAGGCAAUAUUGGUGAACAUUGCCUGGACCCAGACACUUAUCUUUUGGACUUGUACCACAUCAACCCCCAUGCUGAGUGGAUAAUUAAGCAAAACCCAUCUUACCCUCGGAUGUUCUGA